AUGGGCAAAGUGUUUAUUGACGGCGGCAACAGUCUCAAUAUCAUCUACUCCGAUACUUUGCGAGGGAUGAAUCGCUCAACAACGAAGCUUGCUGCCACGGACACAACUUUCCAUGGCAUCAUCCCAGGCAAAGCACCUACGCCACUAGGCAAAGUGAGCCUGGAUGUGGUGUUCGGCACGCCUGACAUAUUUAGACGCGAAAGACUCGACUUCAAAGUGGUCGACUGGCCUUCCCAGUACCACGUGGUCUUGAGUCGAGUCGCGUUGGCUCGCUUCAUGGCGGUCCCGCAUUAUGCUUACCUUAAGCUAAAAAUGCUUGGGCGCAAUGAUGUGAUCAGCGUUUCCAGCAACUUCACACGUUCAGAUAGCCGUGACAAGGAGUUUCAUAAAAUCUCCGAGUCAUUCGGCAUGCAUGAAGAGUUUGAACAGCUCAAAACUUCAACCGAUCAUGAUCAACCUCCCGUCAUCAAGAAAGCGACUCAUCAACCCGAGUACAACAAGAAGGCAGAUACUAAGGAAGUUCAGAUCCACCCGACCGAUCCUAGCAAGGCUGCCGUUAUCUCAACGAGCCUUCCUCCUGCAUAG